CACCCCCCUCAUGUGCUCUUCCACAUAAUUGACAUGGCGGAAUUCCACACUCGUCUGGUCCGCCGUGGACUUCGCAGCAAGGGAAUGACAUACUUUCUAUUUUGGGCAUUUAGGGACUAAAGCAUUGAUAAUCACGAUUCUAAGAAACCGAGAGCCGGCGUCCUUUGCUCUCUCUCAGGCUCCAUGAAUGUUCGUCACUAUGAUGAUGACGGACCAAAUGCUGGACCUCCCGCCACCACUGAGCGGCGAGGUUCCCAUGAUGCACCACAUGAUCGGUGGAGAUGCAUCACAGCAGGUGAUCCUAGUCCAGGUGAAUCCAGGUGAGACGUUCACCAUCCGCACGGAAGAUGGGGCUUUGCAGUGCAUCCAAGGGCCGGCUGAAGUUCCCAUGAUGUCACCAAACGGUUCCAUUCCACCAAUCCACGUUCCUCCUGGCUACGUCUCCCAGGUUCUGGAGGACAACACGGGUGUGCGGAGGGUCGUGGUUACGCCCCACUCCGAAUGUUACCCACCGAGUUACUCACCGGCUCUGUCCCCGAGUCACCACAUACACCCACCCUACCUGACCCACCCUCAUUUUAUACCAGCCUCGCACACGUCAUAUUACCCUCCCGGAGACGUACCCCCACAGUUUUAUCGACUGCCACCCAUCUACCCUGAAGAAAUCAUUCCUUUGUAUAACGUCUCCACUUUCAUGGGUCAUGAGGAGUACUGUAAACCUCCGCCCAAGAAGCUAAAACAGCCAAUGGAGCGUCCGGCAUUGAAUCAGGUGACCAGUCCAGUGUCCAGCAAUUACAAGACCACCGUCCCUUGCACCACCACUGCGAACGGCUACGGCAAAAACCACACCAGCCCUGGAGGAGGAGGGGGUGGCACAAGCCCUGGCAGCAAACGGGCAGACCGAAGAGCCAGGGGAAGCCCCAAACACACAGACGUGGAGUCACAAGAUCACGAUGUGGACGUGAGACGAGUUCAGGCCGUGCCAUCAGGAAUGGAAAAGCCCCAGGUGUCUAAGGUCCAGUCUCGCUCUGCUCUUGUGUCUUGGGCAUCUGCUUACUUGCCAGGGUCUUCUGGGCGGGGCUUGCAGGGAGAAGCGGCUCCGCCCACCUGUAACUAUGAACUACAGCUUACGGAUAAGGGACGGGAUGGGAAAUACAAGGUUGUGUACAGUGGUGAAGAGCUCCAGUACGCCCUCACUGACCUCAGACCAGCCACAGACUAUCAUGUCAGAGUAAGCGCAGUGAGUAACUCUGUAAAGAUCCCCUGUUCGGAUGCGAGGGCCUUCACUACGCAUUGCGGACCCCCUGAUACACCUCUACCCCCCAGACUGUCCAAUCGCACAAAAAGCUCCCUCACAUUGCAGUGGAAGCCUCCUGCAGACAACGGCUCAAAAAUCACAAGUUAUAGACUAGAAUGGAUUGAGGGAAAAAAGAACAGCAUUUUCCGUGAAUGUUACUUUGGACACCAGCGACACUACAAAGUCCCGAAGUUGUGCCCUGCUGUUGGUUACACGUUUCGAUUGGCCGCACUAAAUGACAUAGGCACCAGUGGAUUCAGCACAGAAGUCGUGUUUUACACUUCCGGAAGUCUACCACAGACGUCCUUACCGCCAAUGCUGGUACUGACAGGUCCAACGUGGGUUAUGCUGGAGUGGACCCGACCGAACAGCUGCAGUCCUGAGGAGGUGGUCACAUACACCUUGGAGAUGCAGGAUGAGAACAAGGGACUGGAGUUUCAGGCAGUAUACAGCGGUUUGGAUCUGAGCCGUAAGGUGGAAUCACUAAGAAGAAACACACAGUACAGAUUCAGGCUCAUCACGUGUAAUGGCGACUGGCGGAGCGCACCAAGCUCUUUGCUGGUGUGUAAGACGACCCCGGACAGACCCAGACCUCCGAUGAAUCCUGCAGUAAACGCAAUCACAUAUCACAGCUUCUGCGUAACAUGGGAACCUCCGCAAGAUGAUGGUGGAUCAGGGGAUUUGACAUACAUCCUGGAAAUAUCAGAAGGUGAUUCUGAAGCAGAAAGGCAGUGGUCGAGUCUCUAUAGAGGACCAGAGAGGAAACAUUUGUGUAAAGAUCUCAAACCGGCAACACGCUACUCACUAAGACUCAGCUGUGUCACUACUGGUGGGCAGAGCCAGUGCUCGGAUGUCUUGACUGCAUGCACUGUGAACCCGCCCCCUGGCCGAUGUCAGCCGCCGAGAAUUGUGGGUAACGCUAAACACAAAGAGCUCAGCGUGCAGUGGGAUGGAUCUUUGUGUGGGGAAGAGCAAGAAGGUGUUGAGUUUAGCUUGGAGAUGUGUGCAAUGGAGGAGGACGGCUCAGAGCCGAUGGAGGUGUACCAUGGAUCAGAAACAGAGUGCACUGUGGGUAAUUUGCUUCCUGGCACCACCUACAGGUUCCAAGUUCGAGCAGCCAACAAGGCAGGGUUUGGACCCUACUCUGAAUCUGUGGAAAUAAGCACGGCUGCUGGCCCUCCAGGCCAAUGUAGCCCACCGAACAUCAAUGUGACAUCACAUUCCUGUGCUUUUGUGACCUGGGAGAGCAAAGAGUGUUCUGGGAUAGACAUUUCUGAGUACCGGCUGGACUGGGGACGUGAUUUGGACUCUCUUGAGCUGCUCUACAGUGGAACGGAAACCCAAUUUCAGAUCUCCAACCUGGAGGCGUCAACAGAGUACUGCUGCAGACUACAGGCAGUGAAUCACGCAGGGGCGGGCCCCUACAGUGAUCUGGCGACCUGUCGAACCCCAGCAGCCGUCCCUGAUGUAGUUUCCGGAUUCCGUCUUCUGGACCACCCUUCGGCCACAGACGACAGCGAGUCCUUCUUCCCCUCCACCUGUCUGGCGCUCACCUGGGACGAGCCUCGCUGUAACGGAGCCGAGAUCAUUUCCUACAGCAUCUGCGUGGAAGACACCAUCAUCACCACCAUCAAAAACACAACCAGUCACGUUAUCAGAGACCUGCUGCCGGACAGCGAGUACAGCCUGCAGAUUCGAGCAGAAAAUGAAAUGGGCCCCGGGCCCUUCGGUCAGACCCUGACAGUGAGGACCAGACCCCUGCCCCCCUCUCCUCCCAGACUGGAGUGUGCAGCAGUGGGACCUCAGACUCUGAAGUUACGCUGGGGUUUCGGCAACAGAAGUGCUCUUACGGAUGAUACGACCUACGUCUUACAGAUGGAGGACAAGAAUCAGAGGUUUGUCGUGGUGUACCGAGGUCCGAGUCACACGUUCAAGCUGCAGAGACUGAGCGAAUCGAGUCGGUACAGCUUUCGGAUCCAGGCGGUGAGCGAGGCAGGCGAAGGACCGUUUUCUCAAACGUACAACUUUGGCACCAUCAAAUCUCUGCCACCAACACUGAAAGCCCCAAGAGUGUCUCAGCUAGAAGGAAAUUCCUGUGAGGUCACAUGGGAGAGCGUUCAACCAAUGAGAGGAGACCGAAUUAGCUAUGUGCUACAGGUGCUGGGCGGAAGAGAAUCAGAGUACAAACAGGUGUAUAAGGGAGAAGAGACGUCCUUUCAAUUGUUCGGCCUACAGUGGAACACAGACUACCGGCUGCGAGUGUUCGCAUGCAGGCGUUGUACAGACACCCAUCAGGAGCUGUGUGGGGCCUUCAGCCCUUCCGCUCACUUUACACCACAGCGAUCUGACGCCACACUGAUCUUGGAGGCCGAUGUCACCAGGGCGCCCAUGGGCAGAACCCUUACAGAUGAACAAUUUGCCGGCCUCAUAGUUUUUGGUGUGGCCUCUCUCUCUGUAUUAAUCGCCUUCCUGCUUCAGCUUCUAAUUUAGACGCUGGAACAUUGAGUGUAUGAAAUGUUCCCGUCUGAUGGCUACGGUUUAUAAACUGCAGAUUGCAAAACGGUUAUUGCAAGUACUCGAAUUAUUGGUCAUUGACCUGCUUUUUAUACCUGAACAAUCACAUGAACAGAUUUGGCUUUUUUUACAAGGUAAGUCACAGCUUGUGCGAAUCAUUUAUGAUAAAACAUUCUGCUCUUUGUCUUUAUUUUUAAACUUGAGAUGCUGUCGUAUAUUUUCAUAGUAUCAAUGGUAUUUUUUAAUGGAGAUUUUUAACACUCGAACUAUGGGAUCAUAUUAUGUAAGCAUAGUACGGAUUGCAAGGAAUAUACGUUGUACUGUCUGUCUCUUUUUGUCCUCUACAAUAUUCAAGUAUACAGCAUCAAUGAUUUUCCCAUUGGUUUUUCCAAGGUUUUAUUCUGCCCUCCGUAUAAAUUAAAAGAGGGAAAGACACGAAAACACCAGAAACUGUCAGUCCAAAGAGAGUCACAUGACAGUCUUUGCAAUUAGCAAUAUACAAUUUAGUGAAGUCUGGGAUGUUUGUACCUCAGGGACUUGGGAGGGCCAGAUUUCUUUUUAUAUACACAAAUCCAAAUCAUUUCAAAUCUGCUGCUCACAGUAUUCCAUUAACCUUCGAUCACAUUGAAGAGGACACGGUCAUGUUUACUAGCUCUGUCCUUAACCAAAGUUAGUGAGCAAAUAACAGUUUUGUUAGAUUUAUUUAUGCUAUAUUCUUGUACUUUAUCAUGCAAAUCACAGUGCAAUCUUCAUUUAUUUAUUACAAGAUCAAAUGAACUGUCAUAUUCAUAUUUUCCUCAUGUAGCAUGUCUUUUUAUGUUUUAUUAUUUUUCCAAAUACAGCAUUAAUAUCAUUAACCUGUCUUAUUUUAGAUAUAUAUUUUGUAUUCUGUUUUUGUAGCGAAAUUCGCUCUAUGGUAUAUCUUGUGAUUUUCUACCUGCACAAACGACAACAACCAAGGUUUAUUUUAACUUUAGUCCUCACGUAGUGUUUAUGCAUUGUUGGAUGUUUUAGGCAAACAUUCCAUUUAUUUUUAAUCAAGAAGUUGAAGUAACUUGACACUAGAAAAACUUGAAGUGGAAUCACUUGAAGAAUAGACUUUGUUACUUUUAAUUCAACUCAAGACCCAGAAUCCAUUUUUUUUAAGUGCAAAAAGAAAUGUUUUUAAAACUUUGUUGCUUUUUUAUUUGCAGUUUUAGGACAUCAGGUAAUAAGUGACCUAAACAUAGUUUUCAGUGCUUGCAUAUAAAAUCAUUCCAUGUUACCAUUUUUAAAAUAUAACAAUGUCACAUUUAUUGAUGUAAAAUUAUAAUCGUAGACAUUAUAUUUAAAAAAAAAAAACCCUACCAUAUCAGUUUAAAUGUAUAGAUAUUGAAAAUACUACGCUUUUGUAUUUAAGAUGAUUAUGUAUCUGUAGCAUAUAUGUAAUAUAUUUAUACACAAUAAAUUUUUUUAAAUUUCGAAA